UAAAAGUUUCAAAUUAGACAGCGGUGAAUGGGACAUACGACAAAUAUUAUUUUCACUUACCCAUUUGCUUAAAGAGCAAAAUCCACGGUUUAGUUUAAAUGACUUUAAUUUAAAAGAAGAGAAAAUAAAUAAAAAUAGAGAGCGGUGGAUUAAGAAAGUCAGAUGGGAGAAGAUGACAAAUUUACUGUCAAUAUCGCAGCACCUUAAUAAUUAAUUUGUUCAAACUAAUUCCAGGGUAAUAUAACACAAGGCAUAAUGUUAUAAAUAUACACUCAAUAUUUAAAAAAUGGCCAGAUUUACGCUGAUAAAUAAGGCGGAAACGCGUCAUCACAGUCGAGUUCACGCGAGUUCGGUCUGUGCAUGUUGGAGAGAGGAAUAACUCCAGGUGUUUCAACUGAGAUCUGCGGGAUAAAACAUUGUAAAAUGAUGUUUAUUAAAGAAGAGAGUGAGGACAUGAGUUAUCCAGAAUCAUGCAGUUCAAAUGUAAUGAAAAAUGAAGAUACUGAGGAACAAAGAGAUCCGAUGGAAUUGAAAAAGGAAAGUCAACAACUGAAUCAAGUGGAGGAGAAACACCACCUGUUUCCUACAGUUGAUGAUUUUGCAACUGGCAAAAACUCCCCAAAAAAACCUCAAAGACAGAGAGUAAAAAAAUCUUUCACCUGCCCUCUGUGUGGAAACAGUUUUUCAGAGAGAUGUCACCUUAAGAGACACAUGAAAAUCCACACUGGAGAGAAGCCUUUCACCUGCCCUCUUUGUAUGAAGAGUUUUAGAGAUAGAAGUAACCUGCAGAAUCAUAUGAGAAUCCACACUGGAGAGAAACCUUACACGUGCACUCACUGUAUGAAGAGAUUUAGAGACAGCAGUCACCUUCAGAGACACAUAAGAAUGCACACUGGAGAAAAACCUUACACCUGCCAUCUGUGUGUGAAGAGUUUCACACGUAAAGGAAGCCUUAAUAUGCACAUUCGAAUUCACAAAGGUGAGAGGCCUUUCACCUGCCAUCAGUGUGGGAUUACUUUCACACAGAAAGUAAAUCUUAAUAUGCAUAUACAAAUUCACGAAGGUAAAAGGCCUUUUACCUGCCAUCAGUGUGGGAAUACUUUCACUCGAAAAGGGAGUCUUACUAAGCACAUGAGAAUUCACACUGGUGAGAAGCCUUAUACAUGCCCUCACUGUGAGAAGAGUUUCAGACAGGCAUGCAAUCUCAAAAGUCAUCUGUCUGUGCACUCUGGAGAAAAGUCAUAUAGAUGUGAUCAGUGUGGAAUUUUUUUUGCUUCUGCAUCACUCUUAAGAACACACCGGAAAAUUCAUCCAAUCGAGAAGCCAUACUUGUGUUCAUUUUGUGGAAAGAGUUUUUCACAGCUGCGCACUUUAAAAGAGCACCAGAACAUACAUACUGGUGUGAGAGAUCAUGUGUGCUCUGAGUGCGGGAAGGCUUUUCUCAGAGUUCAUGACUUGGAACGUCACAAAAGAAUCCAUACUAGGGAAAAACCUUACAAGUGUUCAAAUUGUGGAAAGAGUUUCAGUCAGUCAAGAACCCUAAAAGCACAUGAGAGAGUGCAUACUGGAGAGAAGCCAUACCACUGCACUUCAUGUGGGAAGAGUUUCACCCAAGCAAGUACUCUUCUGACUCAUAAUAAAAAAAAGCAUUGUCCAGAGGAAUUGGAUUCAACCUUUCUAGUUCUCUCUGCACCGGGAAUAACUCCAGGUGUUUCAACUGAGAUCUGCGGGAUAAAACAUUGUGAAAUGAUGUUUAUUAAAGAAGAGAGUGAGGACAUGAGUUAUCCAGAAUCAUGCAGUUCAAAUGUAAUGAAAAAUGAAGAUACUGAGGAACAAAGAGAAGCCACUGGCUGGAAAUGGACCCAUGGUGCUUGGGCUCUUCAUCGCUGCUUGCAGCUGUAUUUCAGUUUGGAAUGCAGACAGUGUCCGGUUGCCAGCUAUCUGAUGGAGGUGAAAGAGGAAAUUCAGGAACUGAAUGAAGCGGAGGAGGAGAAAACCCAUCUGGAUCAGACAUUUUAUAGUUUCAAAACAGAAAAGUCUUUUAGUGGUUUACAGACAGAAAAUAAUUUCUCAGAAAAGAGUUGUAAAAGUACAAGAGUAAAACAUUCCUUCACCUGCAAUCAGUGUGGAAAUAGUUAUGCACGUAAAGCAGGUCUUAAGCGUCACAUUCAUGCUCACACUGGAGUGAAGCCUUUCAAAUGUCAUCAAUGUGGGAAUACUUUUACACGCAAAUCAGGUCUUAUUAAGCACAUGAGAAUUCACACUGGUGAGAAGCCUUUCAAAUGUCAUCAAUGUGGGAAUACUUUUACACGUAAAUCAGGUCUUAUUAAACACAUGAGAAUUCACACUGGAGAGAAGCCUUUCAAAUGUCAUCAGUGUGGGAAUUGUUUUACACAUAAAAUAAGUCUUACUGCGCACAUGAGAAUUCACACUAGUGAGAAGCCUUUCAAUUGUCAUCAAUGUGGGAAUGCUUUUACACGUAAAUCAGGUCUUAUUAUGCACAUGAGAAUUCACACUGGAGAGAAGCCUUUCAAAUGUCAUCAGUGUGGGAAUUGUUUUACACAUAAAGUAAGUCUUACUGCGCACAUGAGAAUUCACACUGGUGAGAAGCCUUUCAGAUGUCAUCAAUGUGGGAAUGCUUUUACACGUAAAUCAGGUCUUAUUACGCACAUGAGAAUUCACACUGGAGAGAAGCCUUUCAAUUGUCAUCACUGUGGUAAUUGUUUCACACAUAAAGUAAGUCUUACUGCGCACAUGAGAAUUCACACUGGUGAGAAGCCUUUCAAAUGUCAUCAAUGUGGGAAGAGUUUCAGGGAGUCAUGGAAUCUCAAAAGUCAUCUGUCCACGCACUCUAGAGUAAAGUCAUAUUGCUGUCAUCAGUGCGGCAGUAAAUUUUCUUCAGCAUCAGUCAUAAGAACACACCAGAAAAUUCAUCCAAUUGAGAAGCCAUACUUGUGUUCCCUUUGUGGAAAGUGUUUUUCAUUUCUGCACAGUUUAAAACAGCACCAGAAAUUGCAUUCUGCAGUGAGAGCUCAUGUGUGCUCUGAGUGUGGAAAAGCCUUUUAUAGAACUUCUAGCUUGGAACGCCACAAAAUAAUCCAUACUGGAGAAAAACCUUACAAGUGUUCAUAUUGUGAAAAGAAUUUCUCUAUUUCAGGAAAUUUGAAAGCACAUGAGCGAGUGCAUACUGGAGAGAGGCCGUAUCACUGCACUUCAUGUGGGAAGAGUUUCACCCAAUCAGGCUCUCUACAGACUCAUAGAGAUAAGCAUUGUCCAGGGUUGUCACAGUGAAAAAAGUUUGCCUUUAUUUGCUAUGUAAAUGGGGUGAAAUUCAGAAAACAAACAAGAUAGAAUUUCUCUCAAAAAGCAAUGUUGUUUGAGCUGUCAUUCUGUCUUAAGGCCAAUUUAUGCAUCUGCGUCGAACCUAUGCUGUAGCCUGUCCCUGCACCCCUUCAUAUAUUUAACUACCCUUAACAUCAAUGCAGACCACAACAACUGUGAUUGGUCCACUUUAUUACCAGAGACCAUCCCCAGCAUGACAAAAAGAUAUCUGAGGUAGCAUCACAUUUCUCCCAAGAUUAUUUUAAGCUGUACAUCAUAUCACAUUGCAUUUGGACUCGGUAGCAUCGUUUACAUUUGGGAGAAAAUACUGUUGUUUAAUGAAGUUACAAGUGAAUAUGCGACAAAAAACAACUUGUAAUAUGUAUAUAAUAUGUAUGUAAACAGUAUAUGCCUGAUUUAUUUUCUCUCUGAAUGGCAGAAAGCAUGAAUAAUACACAAUAUGUACCAACAUGUUAGUGUUUAGCUCGCAAUACACUAGUUUUAUACUAGAUCAUUUUGGCUGUGUUCUCGCAGAAUGGCGCAGCUUACCGCGUUGGUUCGACACAGAAAUAUAAAGCAGCCUUAAAGGGUAGAAUGACAUUUGUACUUUUUCAACAGAAUAAAAUGUCCCAUGUAUUUGUUUAGAAAACUAUUAUUGUUGAUGCUGUGAAAUGCAGCACAAUUUGUAGAAUUGUUUUUCCUUCUAUUUAAAAUCUUCUAUCUAAAAAAAAUAUGUCUUCCAGAAAUACAUCAAAUCGAUGUCUUUGUGGUGUAUGUGUGCUAUUGGGAAAUGAUGGUGACUCUCAAAACUACAUUAUUAAAGGAAACGUUCACAGAAAAAUCUAAAUUUUCUAAUUUACUCACCCUCAUCUCAAAACUCGUAUGACUUCAAUAAUUUCAAGAUUGAUUACACUGUUACACAAUUAUCUAGCUCUUG